GGUGGGCACGUGAUAGGCUUUCAAAUUAAAUGAAUGGUAGCUCAAGUAUCUGUGAUAUUGAUAUCAUAUUUGUUUGUUCGUAUCAUUAACUAAUUAAGGAAAAAUGCGCUAAAAUGUUAUUUUUGGGUGUUAUAUUAACCUUUCGACUCUUAUUAUAACGAAAUAAUGGGUACUAGACUAUAUUUUUGUUCUUUAGUAGUAAUACUACCACUAGUGGAAUUGGAAACAGUGAAAGAUAAAAUAUUCUAUUACUAAUACUUGUAAUACUAUUAGUAAUAGUAUUAACAUCUCUGAGUCCAACUUUUUUACGCCUUGGAAUUGCAUCUGAUUUCGUCUUUGUUCAUUUAAGUGCAAGUCAAGUUUAUCCCACAAGUUGGAACUAUAGUUUUGUAACUUUGAUAUCGAAGCGUAAAGUUAAGGUCAUGUGGUAUUCUCAAGAUUCUUCAGAAAUGCCUGUUGCUCAGGAUAUUUUAAGCGUUACAGCCAGUUUUAAUCAAAGGUUUCAUUGUUUUGGACGAUCCUGUUCUGAGUGGACUCUACUUGUUUUAUCUCUGUUGAACAUCUUUGCUGUAACUGGAAUAUCUACUAAAGAGCUGUACUCGUCAAUAUCUCGAGGAAUUUCGUAUGAUCCCUGCUUUACCUUCAGUGUAGCAAUACUGUUUACAGCAGUGUAUGGGACCCCCUUCAUCAUUCAAGGAGUGCUAUACCAACAGUCUCACAGUUUAUAUCUUCAUCUGGCUUCUGUUGUUCUAGCUGUUUUAUACAGUGUUGCUGAUUAUUCCUUUAAUAAGGAACACAGAGAUGAUUUUAAGAUAGCUAGAAUGGUUAUUGGUCUAGUUUUUGUGAGCAUUAAUAUAUAUCUAGCUGUGAAGGUCACCACUAAGAUCACUUGGACAGAGUUUUUAAUAAUAGGAGCUUCAGAUGGGAUGUUAUGCAUCUAUAAGAAGUUGUGCUAUUUCCUGAUGUUGUUGAAGCUGGAUCUAGAAGCAGGAGUUCUUCUAGCAAUUUUCAGUUUAACAAAAGCCUUGGAAAGUAACUUUCAAAAUAUUGUAAUUUUCACUGGGAUCACAGUUUAUUCACUGUCUUUGUGUGUCAUUGGCAGUAUUGCUGUUAAAAAGGAAUUUAAAUUGCUAGUCUUUCUGUUUAUAGCGUUGAACUUUGCUCUUCCUGUUUGGAUUCCUUUUCAGGUUAUGUAUUUUGAAUGUCCGCUACAGAGUAGCUGUUCCCAUGAAGAUGCUGUUUUGGCAUACACAAGACUUGCAACUGGAAUUUUUGGGAUUCUUUUUCAAAUUUACAUCUGUAUAGAAGUGAUUAAAGUCUACAAAAACUUUGAUUAUGGGCUCACAGAUCGUGCUUUUGCAGGACUUGUUGCUUCCGAAUCAACUAACUUGCUAUCUCGAUCCAGAGCUUUGAACAUGUGACCACCAAUAAUAUGUUUUUCACCAACGAAGUGGAGAAAAAGUUUGUACACUGCAAAGAACUAUUCUUUUUUUAUAGUCCACUUGUUGAUGACUUAGUAUUGUUAUUCAUCAUCAAUCUGUUGGACUGGACCCUCAAGUGACAGCACUGAUAUUUUUGUAUGUACAGUAUAAUUUUUAUCAAUUUUCAUUCUAGUAUUGCUCAUGCAAGACAAUAGUGUUAAUGAAGACUGUACGAUGAAUAGUUCCAUUGAGCUAACAAAAGAUUUUAGCACUGCCCAAGAAUAAGUUUUCCACUAGUUUUGAAUGUUGGAAAUCUGAACUAAAGUAAUUUGAAAGGCAUGAUAAAUAACAAACAGAAUAAUCAACAAUAAACUGUUCUAAAUUUUCUACAACUAACAUAUGAAAGAUUUUGAGGUCCAAGAUAAACUGUAGUAAUACUUUGUAAUUCUCAAAUGAACUCCUUAAAUAUAUACUUUGCUCUGAUGUUGUAGAUUUAAAAUAGCUGUUUAAUUUUUCUUUUUGUAUAGAUGAAUUCUUAACUUUAUAAUCUUAGAAGUUAAGAUUUCAACUGAUUUUUCCAAUUUGAAGAUGUUUGUGGUUUAACAGAGGAGUUUUUAACCUGAAUUCUUUGAGAUUUAGCACAAAUGACAUAAAGGAGAAAACAGAAAAUAUUUUUUUUUGUAAUUGUUGGUGAUUUUUUCUUCAUGUUUUACUUUAAAUUAUUGUAAAUAGAUGCAGUGAAAUGUAUGUAAGAACCAAGUUUAUAUAGGAUGUUAGAUUUACAUAUUAAUUUAAUAGUUAAAUGUUCUUUUUGGUGUAUUUUUAUCCAGAAAGAUUGAAUUUGUAAUAAUAUACAAUUAAAAAUAUAAGUGACUAAAAAGUUAUCUAAAGUAGAGAUAUAAAUACCAAUCUUAAUCUUUGUAGAAACAAAUGUAAGAAUUAAGAAAUAAACACUGUCAGCUCAAAAUUGGUUAGAUAUAUGAAAACAAAGAAAGAUGUCAUUGACAAGGUUUUGUGAUAUAAUGAGCAGUAAUUACAAUAUUAACAAGAUGAUAAGCCACAAUCUAUUAAUGUUAAAGUUUUUACGUUCCUAUGGACAUCACUUUCAGACCUGAGAAACUGAUAUUAUUUAAGAUAUGAUUUGUGAUUUUUGGUAAUUCAGAAACAUUUGGUGGCAAGAUUGUUUUGUUGUAGGGAAACCUCUUACUUUUUUGAGUUGAUAUGAUGAUCUAAUAAGAGUUUUUAGAGCAAGUAAAAAAGAAAGGGGGUGUAGCCUUACCCCCUCCCUUCCCUUUUAUCUUAAUCAUUUAUUUCUUUUUGUAAGAGCAUUAUUUCUUGAGCCGAAAAACAAUUUAGGAGUCAAAGUUUAUCAUACUGGUGUUUUCGGAGUAUCUUCUCAGUAAAGGCUAACAUUUAGUAUUGUAUGAUAGUGUAGGAUGAGUUUUAGUUUAAAUAUUAAAGAAUAAAUGGUCUGAACAAAUACAGCUUUGUAAAUCUUCAAAAGAGUAAAAAAAAAGUUUGUCAAACAUUUAAAACAUUCAGAAGUAGGAAAUGGAUAGAAGUUCAGAUAACUCAAAUACCAUUUACUUCACUUUCAAUAAUUGAGGUAUUCCUGUAAGUUGAGUAAAAACUCUCCAAAGUUAUGCUAUGCGAGUGAGCUGCACCUUGGCCAUUACUCUUAUUACUUAACUUCAAGAGCAAUUAAAACUGUUAUUGAUAAAUCUAAUUAUUUUAUGAUUCAACUGACUUAAUUUGUUCCUUUAAUUACUAGGAAUCUUCUUCAGCAUUUGGCGUUUAUUGGGCAACAUCCUCUGGCUAGAGGGUUAGUAAAAAUUGUAUUUGUAUUGAAAACUGCUGACUAAGGGUAAUUUUCAAUGUUCCAAACACUUGUUACCAAUAAGUAGUGUUUGAAAAUAAUGUAAUACAAUUGGAAGAUAAAGGUAGAUGCUCCUUUAAGGUUCAUGUGUACCCACCAAUUCAAUUCCCCUUGUUAUGCUUUCUUAUGUAAAGUUACUGAAUACUGAAAUAGUUAAGAAUUCUUCACACCACCACCAUUUGUAAAAUAGUUAAACUUUGUAUUGUUUAUGUAUGUGCAAUUUUUGCAUUAUUCCAGGGUAUUAGAAACGAUCUUUUAUGAUUUGUAUAUAGCACUGUAUGUAAUAUUAUAACACCAAUGUCUUCAGUAAACAAAAAUUUAAUUCUAGAAAUGUAUGCAACAAAAAUAACUGUAUAUGAAGCUUAUUUUAAGUUGCAAGGUUUGAUUAAGCCUUUAUAUUGCUCAUGGAUUAUUUCUUUUCUUUAUUGAUGUUGCACAUUUUGGUGAAAAAGAUUCCCAAUUAAUUUAUUUCAAGUUGUUCUUAGUUAAUUAUGUCAUCAGUACUCUGUUUUUCUAUAUAAACAAAAUCUUGAAUGCUUAUUCCAAAUAUUGUAAAGUGUAUCUAUCUUUCAAAGAUUACAUCUGGUUAACAAUUAUUUGUGUUUUUUAAUUUUCAUCCCUACCUGAUAAAAGUUAAAUUGUGACCCACAUAAAUCUUGUCUGGUUUUAGUGCUGUAAUUUUUGUUUUCCUUAGAAAGACAGUUUUAGUAAUAACAGCUUCACCUUUAAAAGAUUUGAAUAUGUAUUGAAUGUAACAUAAGUUAUUUAAAUAUUCUAGUUUGUAUGUUUUCUGUAUUUAACUUUUUACUUAUUUACUGUUUCUAGUUAUUAGAGUACACUGCAAUAAGACUUAACUAAUUUGAUUUAUCUGGAUCAGUUGCACGUGUGUGCUAUUUAUUUAUUUGGUUUUACGUAUGUAUUUUAAUAUUUUGGUGUUAUUUUUCAUUAUUUAUACACAGUCGUAAUUUGUUUGUUUAUAUAU